UUACUUCCAAGAAACAAAAACAGAGCAAAAUAUGACUUCAACCAUUCAUAGCUCCUCCGCCGCCCUCCACCACCCCUCUGCCACCACCGCCGCCGCCUGCAGCUUGAAGAGUGUCUCUCUAAAGAGAAAAUCUCCACCACCACCCUCUUCUCCUUCUGAUGAACCCUCCCUCAAAAAGAUCACUCUCCAUCCACCACCGUCCGCCGCCGCCGAAAGGGUACCGGAAAAAACACCAUCCCCUGCUUUUUCACCCUUCUCCUCCAAAAGGGUAUCUGACAAAUCACCAUUUUCCAUGUGUUCAAUUACCCCAACUAAUCCGGCCAUUUCUCUACUCCCAUUUUCAAGAUUCACAGCAGCGCAGCCGCAUAACAACAGUCUGCGGCGGACACUCUCAGAACCACCCGUUUUUAAUUCUUUUACUGCUUAUGUUACGUACAUGAAUUCUCAGUCACCGGAAAAUGCUAAGAACAGUAAUAUCUCUGCCUUUAAAUGGCAACGUCCUCUUCGUAGAUCAAUUUCUGUUCCUACUGAUGCAGAUAUUCUUGCUCCGGCAGCUGUGAACCCGCUUUUACCAUCAAAUCCAUCACUUAAUUCUGAAAAGACUACGAAAAGAAAGAUUUUAAAUCAGUUUCUGAAUGAAGGAGAUGAUACAGAAGACACUUGUCCUGAAUAUAAGGAUGAGAAUAACAUUAACAAUUCUGAGGGCUCAAAACAGUUUGUGAAUGAAAAUGAAAGUGACCAUAAGGGGCACAGUACUGCUUCUGAUAAAGAAGACUAG